AUGCAUGGGGUCAACAAUCUCACGGGAACAACCAUGGAAGACAUCUUAGCCAAGUUCUCUGGUGUGUUCGACGGCGAACUCACUGGACAUUCAGGCCCACCUGUACGCAUCGACCUGGCUGGAGACGUGACACCGAAGUUUCUGAAAUGCCGGCAAGUCCCAUUUGCUUUACGCGAUGCCGUCUGUCGAGAACUCGACAAGCUCCAGGCCCAAGGCUUAAUCGAGUCCAUCGCUGCUUCGGAUUGGGCUAUGCCCGUGGUAGUGGUGAGGAAGAAGAAUGGAUCUUUGCGAUUUUGCGGGGACUAUAGAAGCACGGUGAAUGCGAGCAUCAAGCCCACAGCGUACCCCCUGCCAACGGCAGCUGAGUUGCUGGCAACUCUUCGGGGUGGACAGAUAUUCUCCAAGGUUGAUUUAACAUAA